AAUAUUUGUUCGGUCAACCGCCACGCUUAAACCCUCAAAAACCUAACACUGCGUCGCCUCCGCUUUCUCUUCCUCUUCUCGGCCUCUUCUCACUUACCCUUUCCUCUUUGCAUCUUCCCCGUCUGACACAGAAGAAACGGCCAAUCGGAAGCCCUAAAAUUUUUCUGGGGGUUGGAUUUUGGCCACCGAAAUGCUCGAGGCUUAUCGGAAUAGCUCGUUAGAUUGGAAUCCCUCCCCAGUUGUAGCCCUAGCAACCAGCGUCGACGACUCGCAAGUUGCCGCCGCUCGGGAAGACGGUUCCGUUGAGAUAUGGCUCGUCUCUCCCGGCUCCGUCGGCUGGCAUUGUCAACUGACUAUACACGGAAACCCUAAUUCCAGAGUUUCAUCGCUUGUUUGGUGUCGCUCUGGUUCGAAAAACAUGCCUUCAGGUCGUUUGUUUUCUAGCAGUAUUGAUGGAUCAGUUUCAGAGUGGGAUCUUUUCGACUUGAAGCAAAAGAUUGUGUUAGAUUCAAUUGGGGUCUCGAUAUGGCAGAUGGCUGCAGCACCUUACAAUGAUGCAUGUCUUACUCAGCAUGAGUUACAACAUGUCGGGAAUGGAUAUUUAAAUGAUAAAUUAAAUAAUGCGGAGGAUGAAGAUAAGGAGACCAGUGAAAGCGAAGAUGAUGAUUCGGUUGAACUCCAUGAGGUAUCGGUCUUUGAAAAUCCACGUGUAGCGAUGGGUUGUGAUGAUGGUUGUGUGCGAGUAUACAGUAUUACCAUUUCAGAUGAGUUAACUUACAAUAAAUCAUUGCCUAGGGUCAGUGGGCGAAUAUUAAGCGUGACAUGGAGUCCCAACGCAAGUAUGAUAUACUCAGGGAGUAGUGAUGGGUUUAUAAGAUGCUGGGAUGCUAAAUUGGCUCAUGAGAUUUACAGAAUAACAGUUGGGCUUGGAGGGUUAGGGAGUGGACCGGAACUUUGUAUAUGGUCAUUACUUGCCCUGAGGUGUGGUACACUAGUUAGUGGAGAUAGCAAUGGUAGUGUUCAGUUUUGGGACAGUCAGCACGGAACUCUUUUGCAGGCACAUUCUUUGCACAAGGGUGAUGUCAAUGCUCUGGCAGCAGCGCCUAGUCAUAACAGGGUGUUCUCUGCUGGUUCUGAUGGUCAGGUUAUUCUUUAUAAACUCUCUAGUAGUGAUGACACUUCUUCAAAGGGGAUAAAGAAAUGGAUCUAUGUUAGUUAUGUAAGAGCUCAUACGCAUGACGUCAGGGCCUUGACAGUUGCAGUACCCAUCAGCCAAGAAGAUCAAUUGGCCGAUGAAAAGGAUAAAAGGAUUCAUUGUAAAGAAAAGACCGUUGAUAAAAAGGAUAAAAGAAUUCGUCGUAAAGAAAAGCCUGUUGACUUUAGUUAUCAUAAAUGGGCCCACCUGGGGGUUCCCAUGCUAGUAUCAGCAGGUGAUGACACGAAGCUUUUUGCUUACUCUGUCAAAGAGUUCACGAAGUUCAGGCCACAUGAUAUUUGCCCUGCACCUCAAAGAGUAGCAAUGCAAUUGGUUCUUGAUACUGAUGUCAAUAAAAUGCCUUUGCUUCUAGUCCAGGCUUCUUAUUGGUUAGAUAUUCUAUGUAUUCACACAAAAAGUGGUUCUGUUACUGAUAUGGGGUCUAGCUCUUAUGGGGCCCUUGCAACAACAGAUCUGCUGGUUCGAGUUAAGAGUAAGGCAUCUCGGAAGAUCAUUUGCAGCACCAUUUCUGCUUCAGGGUCGCUUUUUGCAUAUUCUGACCAUGUAAAACCUAGCCUCUUUGAAUUGAAAAGUGCUCAUGGUAGGAGUGCAUGGACUGUUAAUAAAAGGCAACUUCCUCAAAAACUCCCAUUCGCCCAUUCCAUGGUUUUUAGUUGUGAUUCUUCUCGGUUGAUGAUAGCAGCUUAUGAUAGACGGAUAUAUGUUGUGGAUGUGGGAAGCUCAGAGCUAGUACAUACCUUCACACCCUAUAGUGAGGAGCAUGAUGAGGAAUCUCCUCCUGGUGAGCCUCCAAUAACAAGAAUGUAUACAAGCUCUGAUGGGCAGUGGUUAGCUGCCAUCAACUGCUUUGGGGAUGUCUAUAUAUUUAAUCUGGAGAUACAAAGGCAGCAUUGGUUCAUAUCAAGAAUGGAUGGUGCCUCUGUUACUGCAGGAGGUUUUCCUCCUCAAAACAACAAUGUGCUCAUAAUCACAACGUCUUCAAACCGGGUUUAUGCAUUUGAUGUGGAGGCCAAACAGUUGGGAGAAUGGUCAAUCCAGCACACAUUUGUUCUGCCCAGGAGAUACCAGGAGUUUCCUGGGGAAGUUAUUGGGCUUUCAUUUCCAAUAUCUUCAAGUUCAUCCACAGUUAUUGUUUACAGUGCCAGGGCAAUGUGCUUGAUCGACUUUGGGAUGCCAGUGGAUCAAGAAGAUGAGAGAGAUUUGAUAAAUAGUCAGGAUUCAGCUAUCAUCAAGAAGUUACAAAAUUCACCCAUUAAUGGACGUCUGAAACGUAAGUUGAAAGAAAGUGGUUUAGAUACUAAACUCAAUGAUAGAAAGAAUUUUGAAUUUUGUGCUUUCAGAGAUCCUGUAUUAUUUGUUGGACACCUUUCAAAAAAUUCCCUCUUGAUCAUAGACAAACCAUGGGCGGACGUGGUUAGAACUUUCAGUGCCCCAGUUCACAGACAUAUUUUCGGGACAUAACUGCAAGUCAAAGAUUGGUUAUUACAGUCUAUGAGGGAGAGUUAAGAUUUGGAAGCCAAUCCCUUCCAUUCAAUAUUACAGUUUGGUAUCUGUUGUUCUUCGCGGUCUAAAGCAUGCUGUGUAUUGUAUUUUUUGAUAAUUCUAGUUGACUUAUUAUAGUAGAUUUUUUGGCAUUGAA